AUGAAGGCGGCAGUUGGAGCUGCUCCACUGGUUGUGUGUCUUGCGGUGAUCAUUAGUUCGGCCCCAACCGCAGCCAAUCCUCUGUGGAGUCUCGAUCAGGUGGGAGACUACUUCAGUGGCAUCUUUCGCUCCAUCGUGGGUCCACUCUUUGGCUUCGGCCCGGGCAGCAAUAGCACCGCCUUCUAAGCUUUAUCUAUCUGCUUACCGCACCAGUCCGAAGGGAACCGGCAGCUUCUCCACCA